AUGUCAAUUGCAACUCAAGAAUCUGCUAUUGGUUUUCUUAAUUCCAUUCAUGUGCUAAAAGGCAAUACCUAUGCGUCAUGGAGAAGCAAGGUAUUGAUUGGUUUGGGGAUUGCAAAUUUAGACUAUGCACUUCGGACGGAGCAACCCGCCCCUCUUACUGAUGAAAGUUCCGAUGAGGAUAAACGGACUUUUGAGAGGUGGGAACACUCCAAUCGCAUGAGUCUUAUGAUUAUGCAACAUGCCAUCCCUGAAAACUUUCGCGGUACUGUCCCGAAAGAAGCAACUGCUAAGGAAUUCCUCGAGGCAAUUGAUAUGAAUUUUGCAAGCAAUGUGUCACACCCCAACCCUUAUUGA